GAUAAAUAUUGCCGCGGAGUACGGGCUUGGCAAUCACGUGCAUAUUCGUCCCGCUCCCAAUCAGGCAGCGGAAAGUUUGACCUCAACCUCUUAAUAGUAGAAAUUUCGCAUUUGGAUAGACAGAUAAAUAUCGACGCAUUGCAUGCUACCGGGAAUUGCAUUGCGGGCUGCCAACUGCCACAAUGGCCUCUGCCGUUCCUAUGUUUAGGAGCCUGGCUCCCCGCUUUCCAAAGCAGUUCUUCACCUGCCGGCAAUGCCUGCGGAAGGAACCUCAAUUCAACAGUUCGUCGCGAAGAUGGGUGGGCAUGCUCCCUUUCCGCACAGCUCCAGGUCCUAGGUUCACGCCCUUUACGUCCGCUGCUGCACGGAUACAAAGCUCCUCGAUACUGAGAUCUGCGCCCUUUGCUUCCGCUUCCGCUUCCACCGCGAAGGCUGCUACUAAUGCCACCCCAGCCGGCAAAUCCAAAUAUCCCGAUGUGAGCAGUAAAAUUGUCGCAUAUUGGUUGCUGGGGAGUGCUGCAUCUGUUUUUGGGCUAAUCGUAUUCGGGGGGUUGACGAGGCUGACUGAAUCCGGACUGAGUAUCACAGAAUGGAGACCCGUGACAGGAUCUUUACCCCCAUUCAACGCAGAUGACUGGGAAUCAGAAUUCUCCAAAUACAGAUCUUCACCGGAAUACCAGGUCCUGAACCCGAAUAUGACGCUCUCCGAAUUCAAAUCGAUCUACUACAUGGAGUGGAUACAUAGGCAAUGGGGCCGCUUUGUGGGCCUAUCCUUCGUCCUCCCAGCAGCCUACUUCUUCGCAACCAAGAGGGUUACCAAACCAAUGGCUCUACGGUUAUUAGGUAUAUCUGGCCUGAUCGGAUUCCAAGGCUUCAUCGGCUGGUGGAUGGUUAAGUCAGGACUAGUGGAAGACCUCUUCGCGCCCGGCAGCCAUCCCAGAGUGAGCCAGUACAGGUUAACCGCGCACCUGGGCACAGCCUUCGUCUGCUACACGGCUAUGCUCUGGAACGGCCUCGCGAUCCUCCGCUCCCACCUCCUCCUCAAAGAUCCCGCCAACGGCAUGGAAAUCCUCAAUGCCCUCCGCCACCCCAAACUCAGCGUCUUCCGCAAAUCCGUUGCCGGCCUCGCCCUCCUCGUCUUCACCACUGUCAUGUCCGGUGGGCUCGUCGCGGGUCUGGAUGCAGGCCUUAUCUACAACGAAUUCCCCUGGAUGGGCGAAGGCUUAGCCCCUCCCACCUCAGAACUCUUCUCCGCUCAAUAUUCGCGCCUGGCCGAUAGGACGGACCUAUGGUGGCGCAACAUGCUCGAAAACCCCUCCCUGGUCCAGCUCAACCAUCGCAUCCUAGCCUUAACGACGUUCUCCUCUGUCAUGAGCUUGUGGGCCUAUACGCACUUCUCCCCUGCUGUUAAGCAAUUACUACCCAAGGUCGCGAAGAAAGGGAUGCACGGCGUUGUCGGCUUCACGUUCCUACAGGUCUCCCUUGGUAUCUCCACGCUCGUAUAUCUGGUUCCCAUGCAUCUCGCCUCGGCACAUCAGACUGGUAGCUUGUUGCUCUUAACAUGGGUUCUUGUGCUUGGGAGCAGAGUCUGGCAUCCGUCGCGCACGGCGCGGCUGCUACAGAUGGCAGCGAAGAUGAAUAAGGGACCUGUGCCAAAGCCUGUUGCUGGUCAAUAGGGGCCGGAUGGUAUCUCGCGUGCGUGUCGUAAAUUUAGUGGAGCUUUGCAGAUGAGCAAGGUUCCAUUCAUAUUCUCUUGUGUUCUUAUACUAUGUAUUUUAUCUAUCCCUCUAUUUCCUUUUUAACACGCACAUAUCUCUGCUUUUGCACCCCUCUCUUCUCCCGCUCACAUCUAUUGUAUAUACUUCAUCCACCGAUAGCCAACGAUCUACAUGUUCAUAGUCACUUCUAGCAUGAUUAUCUUAAUAUCACAAUAUCAGUUGUAAAACAUGUCUACCUAAUCUACGCCGGCUCCUCACACCCUUCAAGAUAUUCACAUCCUGGCAUCAAACAUCCAAGCUUGACUCCCUGCAAGACUCAAAAAUUACCAUAGAAAAACUCGGGGGGAAAAAAAAAAGGAAAAAUCACAAACAAAUAUCAUACCUUAAUUUUUGUCUCCAUGUUGCUUCCAUAUGGUGGCAGGUAUUAUAUAUUCCUACACAGCAAUAUUGAAACGGCGAGUUACACAGCAGCAUCAAAGAAUAGGGAGUUAAGCAGACAGCAAAUAAAAUGAAAGCGGUACUCCGUACACGGUAAGAAAGACGCGAACCACCGAACUAGAGAUCAAAGAAAUGACAUUUCCUUAUUUUCCCCACUGUUCUGCAUACUUAUGUGGAUGGACAAGGAAGUAAUAUCAUGGCUCUGUUAUAAAGAUACAGUACAAGCCGAAGAAUGGCAACGUAAGAAGAUAAGAGCAGAGAACAGAGGGAAUGGUAUAACACAUCUUGAGAUGUUAAGGAGUUUUUCAAUUAAGACAAAGUCAGAUACUGCAGUAGAAAAACAGACAGGAUAAAAAAUGGAUUGCU